AUGCUGCUGCUCCUUCUCGCCUUAUCAGUCCUCCUUGGUGCCACUGCCGCCGCCCAGGUCCCAUAUGCAGAGUAUGUCUUGACACCCAGAUCGCGUAUACUCCGCCCAGCGGAGGUGUACAACGUGAAUAGUACUGUUGGGUCCACAGAAGACUUGACCAGUGACCGAGCUGCACGGACUACGUUCACUGGGCCUUCUGCUGUUACCUACGAUUUUGAGAAGAAUGUAGCUGGAUUAGUCGCAUUCAAUGUCUCUGAAGUCGCUGGGUCCUGUGCCUACAUUGCCGACGCGGGAAUCGAUGAAUCCUUGUGGUUGGCGGUGGAGGCCAACGGACACUAUGCCGCUGGAAAGCAGUACCAACGAGGUGGUUUCCGCUAUCUGAACGUCUAUCAUAACUCGACUGGAAAUGUCACUUUGUCUGAUCUUACGGUCUACUACACUGCCAUCCCUCACUACACCGAGGACCAGCUGGCAACCGGUGUUCAGACUGGAUACUUCCACUGCAAAGAUGACCAGAUUAGUCGAGUCUGGUAUGCCGGCGCCUACACGAACGAACUGUGUACCAUCGACCCCACUGCAGGGAACUCGUUAAUCCAUCUGGGAGAGAUCGGAAGCAACUCCAAUGUGACCGCACCGCUCACUUGGUACAACAACCAUACCAUCGCCAAUGGCACAGCUGCCCUGGUGGAUGGUGCUAAGCGCGACCGACUGAAUGCUUCAGGUGCCCUGCCGUAUGCUGGUCGCCCUUUCCGCAAUAAGCUGCCGAUAUGGUCAUUUACCUAUCACCUGCAAAGCCUCAACGAUAUCUACAUGAAGGCCCUGGACUUUUCUCUGUCCUUCAUCGACGACUCUGGGAUGGCCAAUGUCACUACGGCUGCGGACUGGCUCCGGUUUGGAAUGGGAGGCCACAACAUAGAGGCGAACAGCAUCCUAUAUCAUAACCUCAACCUCGCCACCUCCCUCGCUGCCCACCUCAACGACACUUCCACCUUUGUACAAUCCUGGCCAGAUAUCGCUGAGGAACUCAAGUCGUCCGCCAACCAACACCUCUGGGAUCCAGAGCUCAACCUCUAUCGCGACAACGACACACUCCCCUUUACAGAUCUACAUCCACAGGAUGGAAAUGCGUGGGCAAUCAUUAGCAACCUGACAUCCAGUUCGGCGCGGGCGGUGAAUGUCUCACGGGCGCUGCAAGCGCGGUGGGGUCCAUAUGGUGCCCCUGCACCCGAGGCAGGCGAAACUGUUUCUCCUUUCGUCAGUGGCUUCGAGCUCCAAGCACACUAUAUCGCAGGGCGGCUGGAAGCGUCGGUCGACCUGACGAAACUCAUGUGGGGAGAUUUCAUGCUGGACGACCCUCGCAUGACCAACUCGACUUUCAUCGAGGGAUACUCUACCAACGGCGACUUGCACUACGCCCCGUACGAGAACGACCCCCGCCUCUCCCACGCACAUGGCUGGGCAACCGGGCCGACCUCGACUUUGACCUUCUUCGCCGCGGGCCUCCAGGUCACGUCCGCCGCGGGCAAGACGUGGCUCGUGGCACCCCAGCUGGGUGGUUUACACAGCGUCGAGGCCGGCUAUCAAACAAAUGUGGGCUCAUUCGCUUCCCGUGCUAUUGCGAUGCCACAUGGCGGCCUCAACGUGACAUUCAACACCCCUGUGGCAACGUCAGGGAAGGCGCAACUGAGAUAUUCUGGAUUGCUCGGCCGUUUGACGGUCCCCAGAGACUCGACAGGGCACUAUACAAAGAGACAGACGUCGGAGGAAGAAAUGGCUACCAAGGUUGUGACGGUCGAUGACCUGCCUGGUGGCAAUUACUCGGUCAUCCUAGAAGUAGGUGCCUGA